GGGCAGCCCAACAAUUCCUCUCUGUUUUCCCUUCAUGUUGGUUCAUUCUUUCAUUGAGAUUAGUCAUCCAAAAGAUCCCAUCUUUUUCAUCUUUUUCAUUUGUUUUUUCCGAACUCUGAGUUUUCCAAAUUCGAGGACGACAGACAGGGAUUGCAUCCUUUGUUUCUUUAGACAUAAUGGUUUUGUUGGUUUUGGUGUUGUUGCAUAGAGAGCGGUGAUAUUCCUCAGAUGGGACCUUCUCCUCCUCCUCCUGCUUUGUGACGUUCAAGCACAAUCACAAAGAGGCAGCUUUCUUUAAAGCUGAAAUCUUUGGCUUUGGGAGGGUCGAGGUUGAAAUGGGUGUGAGCAGGGCUCACAAGCCCGGCAAUGGCAUCUCCACCAGAUGCGUCUCUCUCUUUUGCACAGCAAGCUUCUUCUUGGGAGUUCUUGUUGUCAACAGAUUUUGGGCAAUUCCUGAUCCACCGAUGAAAGAUAGGGGUGAAUCAUCUACGAAGCAACAAUCAACAACCCUUCACCCUGUGAUCGAUUGUGACAAAAAGGUGAACCUGGAAGUUGAACUAGCGACAUUAGACAAAACAAUAUCUUCUUUGGAAAUGCAGCUAGCUGCUGCUAGAGCUGCCAAGGCUGAUGAUGAUGAUGAUCUGGACGAAAGAAAAUCAGGAGUCGAGCAGUUCAAAGACCGCCCAAAGGUUUUCUUUGUAAUGGGAAUCAUCACAGCAUUCAGCAGUAGAAAGAGGCGGGACUCAAUCAGAGAAACUUGGAUGCCCAAAAAAGAUGAGUUAAAGAAGUUGGAGGUCGAGAAAGGAAUUAUAAUCCGAUUUGUCAUAGGACACAGUGCGAGUAAAGGUGGUGUUCUGGAUCGUGCUAUCGAUGCAGAGGAGGCACUACACAAGGAUUUCCUACGACUUAACCAUAUAGAAGGAUACCACGAAUUAUCCUCAAAAACCCAGACUUACUUUUCGACAGCUGUUGCAAAGUGGGAUGCGGAUUUCUACAUCAAAGUCGAUGACGAUGUACACGUAAAUCUUGGUAUGGUUGGCUCUACCUUGGCACGGCAUAGAUCGAAACCUCGGGUUUACAUUGGUUGUAUGAAAUCAGGACCGGUCAUGUCUCAAAAGGGAGUCAAGUACCAUGAACCUGAAUACUGGAAGUUUGGGGAGGAGGGAAAUAAAUAUUUUAGGCAUGCGACAGGGCAAAUAUAUGCCAUAUCAAAAGAUUUGGCGACAUAUAUUUCAGUUAAUAGGAAUAUUCUUCAUCUCUAUGCAAAUGAAGAUGUUUCGUUGGGAUCUUGGUUCAUUGGACUUGAUGUCCAGCACAUUGACGAUCGGAGCUUAUGCUGUGGAACACCACUUGAUUGUGAAUGGAAGGCACAAGCAGGAAACCCAUGCGGGGCUUCCUUUGAUUGGAGUUGCAGCGGGAUUUGCAAAUCCGUGGAAAGAAUGCAGGAAGUGCAUAACCGGUGCGGGGAGGGCAACGGCGCAAUCUGGCACACAGGUUUCUAGCAGCGGUUCUUUCUCACGACAAUUUUGUAAUAUAUUUCUUGAUGAAAAGCAAAACAAAAAGGGUUUGGGGGGGGGGGGGGGGGGGGGGGGGGGGGGGGGGGGUGGAGGGGAAUUCCAAAUACGAACACAUACAUCAUUCCAGAUGUUGCAAGCCAUCUGCCCGAUUUUUGUGCCUCGGGACAGUAGAUACUGUGAUUAAAUUAAUUGAUUGAUUGGUGCACGUAUUGAUUGUGUUUGCCCGAAGUUGAUGAUCAUCUUUGAAACCGCAGGGUCUUCUUGUAAUGUAAAGAUUAUAGAGAUGCUCUGUAUAGUUCGGCUUUA